ACAGACAUUCAGAAAAACUGACAUACGAAUAGUCAUUUCGCCGUUUAAUCAUUUGUUCCCAAUAACUACAAAAUAUUAAUUUGAACAGUCGAGAAUUUUAUUCUGCUGACAGCAAGGUGAGAAUGAAAGACAGCGUGAAAACGAACCGCUUACGCGUAUAAGGCCCUUAUGCAACAAAUAUAUAUGUAUAUGUAUACCACAAUUUAAAAUAUCUAAUGACAUAGUGAAUAUUAAAAGCCACUCUUCUAUCUACCGAAGAUAGCAGCUCUUUCAACGGUUUUUGAGUUCAAGUUGAUUAAAGAAAGAAACAACAAAACACUUGCAUACAUUUUGGUUGGUUCAUUUCUGCAAAUGAUGAUCGCUUCAAUACACCGUUGAAUUGGUUUAGUCGACAGGCGGUUGAAUUCCUGUUUGUGUUGUGAUUCUCUAGAUUUGCUUUCUUGCUUUGAUUAUACAACGAUGCCAGUGCUACAAGCUGUGCAGUAAUGUCUUGUACGCUGAAGGACUGGGACGAUCAUGUCGACGUAGAUCUAGUGUUUAGGUACCUAGGUCGCUUCGGGAAAUACCAGAUUGCUCAAUAUGUCCAGAUAUUGCUUGGGAUUUUACCUGCUGCGGUUAAUAUUUUUUCAAACGUCUUUACAGGUUUCGAACCCGAUUACAGAUGUCAACAUUUGGACAAUAAAACGCUAAUGGGACUCCGGCAGGAAAUAGAAACCAACAUCAAAGUCUACUAUCAAGAGUGUGAAAUAAAUGUAAGAAAAGAAAACAAACCAGAUGUGGAACGUACCUUGACCUGUGUGAACAGUUACAACUACUCUACAGGCAAAUAUAAAUCAUUCAUUUCAGAGUGGGAUCUGGUAUGCGACCAAGAAGAAUUCGGUAAACUAGUCACUACUGUGUUUCAUGUUGGCAUGAUGAUAGGGGCCGCUCUGUUCCCAUCUUUAGCGGAUAAGUAUGGAAGAAAACCAGUUUACGUCGGAGCUCGGAUUGGAUCUCUGUUCGUCAAUUUGAUGGUAUUGGUCUCACCCAACUACUCCUUUCUACUUGUCUGCCGUUUCCUCUGUGGCUUACUUCAACCGGGUAUGAAUGUGCCAGGAACUAUAAUGAUAGCCGAGCUUUUCCCUACUGAAAAUCGAACCCAUGUUCUACUACUUGGUGGAGUGAUGUGGGUUUCUGGCGUGAUGAUGAUGGCGCCAAUAGCAUAUAUUUUCCGAAAUUUCAAUUGGCGAAUAUUACAUGCUGUUUUCGCUUUAUUUUUCUGUCCUUCUUUAUUUGAGAUAUGGUCUAUAGAUGAGUCUAUACGUUGGUUAAUUGCCAAAGACAGAUGGACAGAAGCAAAACGUCUGAUUAAGAAAGCUGCAAAAAAGAAUGAUGUUGACUAUGACCAAGUGGCGUAUGUUUAUCGCCAUUUUGAUCCGUUGGGAUCAGAAGCCUCCCACUCAGACACCUCGUCUCAUGUAAUUGGAGAUGUUGUAGAUUCUGCAAAACUGAAUUCCAUUGAACCUUCUCUAAGUGCCUAUACAGGAGAAAUACCUACCCAAAUCACGAAUGACACUGAAUAUGUCGACAGUGCUCACAAAUCAUCGAACAGCUUUUCUCCAAAAAUACAGGACAAAAAUGUUCACAUAACAAGUGCUUCUGGUCAGCUGGCAAAACAGAUAAAUGCCAACUCUUCGAAAAUUAAUUCUGCACAAACAGAAGACAGAAAUAUCGAUACAGCGAAAAACGAUGACUCUGAAAUCAGAAAUGUCGACAGUUCAAACGUUUGUCUUGAAGGCUUGGUUGUAAAUACAGACAAACAUCAACAGAGAGACUUCCAACUGACAGAAUCUACUUCCUGCCACCAGACAGUGUAUGUAAAUGUUAACAUCGAAAACAAUUGUCACAAACAGGCAGAAGACAAAGACGCCGUUGUAAACGAUAGUUCCCGCUCCUCACAGCAUGUACAAGACACAAAUUUUGACAUCAAAACCGAAGACACUGUCUCCCAACAAACACAAAAACUCAAUACUGACGCCAUGAAUAUUCUUUCCAAACGGACAAACCCAACAAAAGCGAAUAAUAUCGCCAAGAACACUAGUCUGCAAGAUAUACAUGACAUCAAUGAAGACAUUGGAAAGGUUGAAUUACAACAAACUAAUAACAUACUAACAGACAUAGUAAAUACAAAUGUAAACUUUGAUGAAAUGUAUUCAACAAAAGCAGAAUAUAUAAACGCCGACCUAGAUACAUUCCAACAGAUACCGGAUAAGAAUGAUAUCGUUUUAAAAAGAACAUUAAGUGCAGUAAUGACUUCUCAUAUACAUAUUCAGAACGAAGACCUGGGAAUACGUACUGAAAGUAUGCCUAGUAUUAAUAAAACAUUGCCUAAUAGUAUCCAUGACAAUGAUCGACAUAUAAAUGCUAGUAAUGAAACAGACGACAAUCUAGGUACUUACAACGAUUCGUCAGUAUCUCAAGAAGCGUUACAAGUCGAUCGUAAUAUUUAUAACGAAAACAACUUUGUGAAAUGUAAUGGCCGUCUACCAGAAAUUGAAGCGGGGGUGUCAGAAAUUGCUGCAAUCACUGAAUUGAUGCCAAUAAACACAAUUAUAUCCGAACAGCAGCGGGAGAAACCUUCACGUGCUCACAAACAGCUCACAGAGACGGCAGUGAGAUCGCGUUGCCAACUUCCCGGCAUGUUGUACAUCAUCAAAGAACCUGUCUUGCGUAGAAUUGUUUUCAUUUGUUUAUAUUUGUGGUUUGUUAACACCCUGGUUUAUUACGGACUUUACUUCACAUCGGAAACUUUAGCAGGAAACAGAUAUUUAAAUUUCUUCUUAUACGCCUUGGCUGAAUUCCCUUCUCAAGUUCUAGCUCUGAAACUAUUAAUAAGAAUUGGACGGAAGAAAACGUGUAUUCUUUUCCAGAGUAUCGCCGGUGGAAGUCUAAUUGUUGCAGUUAUACUUCGUAUGAGUUCAAGUGAAGAUUCGUAUGCUGUUAUGGCGGCUACCAUCUUUUCAUUGAUUGGCAUGUUUGGCAUCAGCGGAUCUUUUCUUGUUAAUUGGCUUUACAUACCAGAAUUGUUCCCAACUGGACUACGAAAUGCUGGAAUGGGUUUAGCAAGUACUGCAUCAAGAAUUGGAAGUAUGUUAUCACCAUUUUCUGGUAUUCUGGCUCGCUACAUCUCUUGGGGACCAAGUGUGAUCUUCGCAUUUUUCUGCCUAGUUGCCAACUUGUUGGUAUUAGCUUUGCCAGAGACAGGACACAGGCAGCUUCCGCAGUCUGUAGGAGAUAUCAGGCGCUGGAGUGAUGAGCGUGAUGAGACAUGGGAUUCUCAGACUCUACAGCAAAUGGUUAGAUUGAUUGUAAUGGGGUCACCACAAACAGAUGACAGAGGAAGAAGAACUUAAAAGUAAAACAGUAUUGUUAUUUUAUAUGGAAAGAGUAAAAAAUAUGAUAUAUUUAAAUAUUUGGGAAAGAAAAGUUCUUUAUUUAACCCUUUUGAAACCAUUUUGUUUGAGACUGUCCUUGGUUCUCUGAAAUAAACUUCCUGUUUUAAAGUGACCUAAACUUAAAACCUGUCAUCAAAAUUUCAUGUUAAUUUAUGUUCCAAACACCAAAUUAAUGUGACAAUUAUUUUACUAAAUUCUUCAUUAUCUUUCAAAAUUAAUUAAAACAAAGGUAGUGUGUUUCAACAGAAAUAUGGUAACAAAAGGGUUAGAACUUCUCAAAAGUAAAGAAAUACAAUGACUUAUAAGUGUCUUUGAUGACAGAAUAUUUGUAAUGGAAGUUUUGGUUAUAAAAUGGAUUCUUGUUACUAUCAAAAUAAACGAUUUUUGUUUUAUUUUAAAAAGCAAAAAUGUUAUA